AUGAAAACUAACGAAUUGAACCCUACUUUUGACCCCAAUAUUCCUAAAAAAAACACUAGUCUAGUUGAUAUGGUUCAGAAGCAACUGGAGAUAAGACAAAAUGAUUUGAAUAAAAUAAUUUUAUAUGUAAAUGUUUCAUAUGAAGAAAUUAAUGAAGUAGUAUUAAAUAGCUUACAUCGCUCAGAAAAUGUUGCAGCAGUGUAUGUUUCUAUAGAAGCGAAUCUUGUGAUGUGUGCGGAUAACAAAUCUGUAGUGAGAAGUACCGUCAAUACCAAAUCAAUAUUUUUAAUGAUGAUCACAAAGAAAUUUAAUCGAUAUUGGGUGAAAUAUCAGAUUGAUUCGUCCUUGGGUGGUCAAUACUAA